GCGUCCAGCAAACAGCAAGGGCAGCCCCAAACCCCAAGCAACGCAGCCGCACGGCUGCGUUUUGUGCCAUGCAGCAGAGGCAGCAGCUCGUCUGAGGCGCAAUGCGCGCGUCAAGCGCCUGCGCCGUGCGCCUGGGCGCCAUGCUAGGAAUUGGCCUGCUGCUGCUGCUGUCGGCGACACGCCGCUCGGCGGCGCAGCUCACUAAUGCAUUGCUGCUGACGCCAAACGCAAAACAUGGCUCUCUUAGGAGCCUCGCAGCGCCACAGCGCUGCGCGCCGCCCUCCCUGGCUGGGAUCCCACAUGAAAGGCUAGAUGUCUCGCUUUGGCCGUGGGCGCUACGCGGCACGUCGCGGCGUCGUAUUUAAUCAUCGCUGCUCUAAAAAUAUCCCUCGCAGGUCGGCGGCCGCAGCGUGUGGCCGUGCUGCAGGCCCAAGCGCGGCUUCGUGCGGUGCAAAGGCGGCGGCCGCCGCGGCGCUCGCCGCGGCCUUGGCGCCCACGACCGACAAAAGGGCUCCGUGGCCACGGCAUGCACAAGCCUAGUCGGCAUCGUGCUUACGUGCGCCGCCGGCGCAGCCAGCGCGGUCGGCGCGCUCGCCGCGGCCCCUUUUCGGGGUCGCGCACCCGCCGGCGCCGCUUCAGCGCCCGACGCCAUCGUCCCCGCGCUCGCGGCCGACGCAGCGCUGCCCGUGCGCGCCGACGACGUCUCGACGCCCAGCGCGGACGAUGGCGCCGGCCGGGCAAAUACAAGCGUCGAGUGCGCGUUGGCAAGCCGUGGCUCGGCGCACUGCGCGCCGGCGGCGACGCCGCGGGACGACGACGACGCGGAGCCUCGGACGGGCGAACCGCGUCGACGGCGUGUUGCGGCCCUGCCGCGUGUUGCGGCCCUGCCGGCCGCGCAUCUAGCGCAACUUUUGGCGUUCGUGGUGUUUUGUUUUUGUGUAAAGAGUGCAGACCGGCGCACGAAUCAACAGUUCUGCGGCGCCACUCGCGCACUGAUUGAUUUCCACACAGGUGCGAGCGCCGCCGACUUCGGCGGUUUCCCCGAGACGGACCCGCGACCGCCAGUGCAGAAAGUUGCUUUCAGAAAUCGAUCGUCUACAUGUUCGCCGUCGCUCGAAGUGGUUUCGACGGCUUCGUGUCCCAGAAAGGAGCGACAUGACCGCAUUCUCGCUUUAUCCGAACCUCACUCACUGUUUGAUUUCCACACAGGAGCCAGAUGUUGUUGGAUGCCCUGGGCGCACCAGCCGUCGCGACGGCGGUCGGCGUCGGCGGCCUCGCGGCAGGAGCGGUCGUCGUGGGACGUCGCCGCCGCCGAGUACAUGGGACGACGCCACCCCGUCCACCACGGCGUCGAGUCGGGGAGAGGGACGACGGAGACCUUGCGUUGGAUGCUGCGCACGGGCCGCCUCCGCCUGGUGCUGCGCUCGUCGCCGUGCUUGGCCCUGGCUGGGGGCCCGGCACGGCGCGUCAUGGCGACGCCGGCGACCCCUACGACCACGACUCCGACGGCCUCCAGAGCCGCGACGAGGCCGAUCCCGCCGGUGCCGACUACGUGAUGAACGAAAGAGCCUCGGGCUCGGACCUCAGCGCGGGCGUCUCGGACGCCGAGGGCUUCGAUCUCGACGAGGAGCCGCCUCCCGCCUACGACGUCAUGGGCUUCGAUCUCGACGAGGAGCCGCCUCCCGCCUACGACAUGGACGACGAGCAGCAGCUCGGCGCGCCGAGGCGCGCGCGGAGAGAUGCCGACGCGCCGCCGCCCUUCCACGGGGCGCCUGCUGGCCCCAUGCCCGACGCGCUAGCGCUCCUGCCCGGCGACGGGCAGCUCGCCGUCGCGCCUGCGGACGAGUUCCUCGAGGCGAACGCCGAGCUCAUGGACGGGGUUCUUCGAGUACCUGGUCCGAUGCAACGAGACGUGCAUGCUCUGACCGACUUCGGGUCGAGGGCCGCUAGAAACGCGUCCAACGCGUCGAGCACCCCUCCCGAAGGCAUGCACGGCCACGAACUUCGACGUGACGCAACUCGGGCGACGGAGACGUGGUUCUUAGUUGAUAUCGUUGUUAACGCCGGCAUCGACGGCGCCUUCUGGCAGUAUUUUAAGGCUAAGAGGGAGGACAUCACGAGGACCACGCAAGGUCUGCUCGCCGGGGCCGCUCUGCGUGCCGAUUGGAUGCGCGGGGCGGCAGUGAUCCCCGCUAUUCAUCACAACAGGCUUAGGGCUGAGGCCGGCGACAGGGUUUGGGACCUAGCCGACGCCGUCGUGCGGCUGGUACCGAACGCGCGCAUGGCCGACAGGGUCAUCUUUCGACCCCUUCUCGAGGAGCCCCGUGAGAAGGCGCCGAGCGACGACAUCCCUGCCAGGCGUCGUUGGCACGAGGGCAAGCUCGCCGUCGACGAAGAGGAGCUCAUUGAGAUCAGUCGGACCACCGACACGCUCGUCAUCGUCGACGACGACUACUGGUGUGGUUAUACUCUCGAAGCCAUCGUCGACCCGCUCGAACAAAAAGUCCGCGAUCUUGGGCUGACCCUCAACAUCAAAUGCCUUACAUUUGCGAGGUGUACGUCGGCGACGCGCGCGACGCCGACGAUCUUCGAUCUGACACGGGACGUGCAGCGCACGAUCACGGACGUGGCGACCGAACAGCUCGAGAGCGACGACGAUGGCCGCGUCGACGAGGCGGGCGCGCACUGUGGCAUCUAUUACAAGAUCGCUGCGCCCUGGUUCCGCAACUUCUACGUCGGCAGCCACCUCGUCGACAAGGACGUCUGGAGGCGCCACGGCCAGGAGCUCCGCGACGCCAUCACUAGUGGUAAUGCUGCCGCUGUGAAAGAAGCGGCGAAGAAAUUCCUUGCGACACGCGGCCGUAAGCAUCAUGAUGAAGUGAAAUACGGCGGGAAGACGGCUCGCUGGCGCGUGUGGUUUAGGGAGUGCCAGGCGAAGUGCCGGGACCUCCUCCAUGCCGCCUUCCACAUCUGCGACGUCAUCGAGCCCCAGGCCGUCGUGCUGAGCCUGCCCAGGGAGACUCGGCAGCACUUCUACCGCAAGGUCCUUCUGCCUCUCGAGCAGGGCGGCCUCGACGACGUCUUCGCGCGUUUCCCGUUGCGCAUCUUCAACGUCAACCGCAUCGCGGAGGGCGGCGGAGGCCGCGUCGCCGACCCACGGCAGGGCAACAUCCUCGUGCCGGCGGGCUGGACGAUGGAUUCGCAGGAGCGACGCGCGGCGACGCGGGCCGCGCGAGGGCUACCGGUUAUAUCGGUGCGCACGGAGGAGGAGCGCGAGCGGCGCGCGCGCGAGCAGCGCGAGCAGAGCGAGCGGCGGCGCCAGCAGCGGCGCGAGCGCGAGCAGCGGCGCGAGCCGCACCCCUGUUCCUCACGGUCCGCGCGAGCCGCACCCCUGUUCCUCACGGUCCUCCACACCAUGGUGACGGAGUACCCGGAGCUGCACUCCAACGUGAUCUGGUGGAACGCCGCGAGGCGGGCGCUCUUCAUUCGACGAGAUCGAAUCGAGACCGUCCUGCGGCUCUACCCCAUCUCGGACUCGUGGGCCACGUUCUAUCGCCAGCUCAACUUCUACGGCUUCUACCGAAAUGUCGAGCUUACCACCUGGAGCAACUCUCAGCCAUGGGGCGGCGGCGUGGUCGUCUUCAAAAAUUCCAAUGAAACCGUCUCCGACGCCGCCGACUUUUUGCGGCUGAUGUAUAGUCGCACCAGAUCGACGCCCGCGCCGACGCCCGCCGCGCCGACGCCCGCCGCGCCGACGCCGGCCGCGCCGACGCCCGGCGCGCCGAGGUUCCCCACGGCCCUACACGCCAUGGUAACGCAGCACUCGGGCGUCCUCUCCUGGGACGCCGCAAGGAAAAGGAUCGUCGUCCACCAACGGGAUCGAAUUGAGGAGGUCCUGCGGCGCAACCUCAGCACGGACAAGUACUCCUCGUUCCAGCGCCAGCUCAACAACUACGGCUUUAUCAAGGAUCGCGGCGUGCACGUCUACCACCAUUUCAACCCGGCCGUCGCCGACGUGGACGAUCUCUUGCGGUUGACGCCGGGACGCGCUCCUGCGUCGACGCCGGCCGGCCCGACGCCCGACACGCUGGCGCUCCUGCCCGGCGACGGGCAGCCCGUCGCCGCGCCGAGGCGCGGCGCGCCUCGGCGCGCGCGGAGAGGUGCCGACGCGCCGCCGCCCUUCCUCGGGACGCCUGCCGGCCCGACGCCCGCCGUGCCGACGCCCGCCGCGACGCCUGCCGCCGCCGAGCCGCCUGCCGCGCCGACGCCUGAGGCCAUCGCCCGUGACCAGGGCGUGGCCGCUGCCCAGGCCACCUUAGACACAUGGCGUGCCCGCGCUGUCGCCCUGUCUCGCGCUGGCGCUGACGGUCCCGCGCGCGUGCGGGUCGAGGCCAGAGAUAAUGCUCGCGCUGCGUAUGCGGGACCGACACCCGGGGCCGCAGACGCCUUCGUCGAGGGCGCCGUCUCUACUGUUCACGCGGCGGCGUCUCAAGCCGUCGCCGAGGACCUUGCGUCGUGGGUUUCCCAGGCCGUCAACAAUGACCGAAACUUUUUUGUAAAUGGUGUGCGUCGCGAGGGGCUUGAUCACGCGUUAGCGCUUGUCGAGCCACGCGGCCGGGAGCUGCUCGUUGACGACCAAAUCAUGGAGGGGCCUUACUUCCAGAGCGCUCUGGCGUCGUACGUCGCGCAUGUGGGGACUAUCGCCUCGGCCGCCUCGGCAGACCUAGAACGUCGAGCGGCAACCGGUCCGACUGCUGAUUUGGUCGCGCACCUCCGCCGACUUCGUUUGGAGGAGCGUGGCAUGUUUGAUGCCGUGUUCGCUGCUGCGACGACCUAGGUGCGCGCCCGCCGCGUUGGCCAUGUUUUCCACCGCGCCGACGCCCUGCUCCACAAAACUCGACGCUGCUUCUAUCUGUAACGGGGACGAUCCGACGCCACAGAGACUGACUCCCGAACCGCCACCCACGCUGACGCCCUGCUCACGCCCGACUCUUUUCACAAAACACGAUUUUGCCCGCUAUACUAUUUCCAGGGAUCCUGUCAAUUCCUAUUUGCCUGUCGUUGUCGCUCGGCCCGCAGCCAAGGCAAUAUUUCCUUGCCUAUGUGCGAAUAUGCGCCGAGCCCCUUUUCCGAAUUCUGGACGCGACUGACGGUACGACUGGACCUCUGCGCCCGGCUUUUUUCUAUGCCGACGGCGCUUGCUCUUCCCUGUAUGCUUAUGCCCUCACUCGGAUUGUCGGCUAUCCGCGACAUGAGGUCAGGAAUGAAGAUAGACUGCCCCGUGCCGCCUUUACUUUAUUGGCGGUAGCACCCGCGCGGCGGGGCACGUAAGCCGGACGACGUCUCUAUUGCACUGCGAAUCGAAAUCGAGGAAGCGCCGC